AUGCUUCGUACUAGUCUUCUCGAUUUGCUUCCCCGCCACACCAAGGGGUAUCUAUGGAUCAGCUUCCUAGUUGCAGUUUUCCUACUGAUGGCCCUGAGUGAGAAUGGGGUUUUGGUGCCCGAGGCCUUGACUACAUUUCCUAGAACGCAGCUGGAAUAUCCUGAGGUGGAAUAUUCUGUACAGUCACUGAGCGAGGACUCGACAUCCCCUGAGGCUGAGGUCUCGACUGCCCCUGCAUCGAAGUCUGAGGACGUUCUUGUAGAAGUUGUGGAGGCUCCACUUGCAGCACAAGAGCCUGCAAAAAGCCAUGAUGUUUCGACGUCGACAGGGCUUGAUCCAAAAGAUGUUGUCAUUCUUGUCAAGACUGGAGCUACGUCUAUCUGGCGUCGAAUGCCCGCACACAUGUCCACGACCCUCGGUGAUCCUAGCUUAACACCCAACGUGCUCUACUAUUCCGACUGCGAGGAUAACAUCAACGGGAACCCCGUGAUCGACGUGCUCGCCAAUGUGUCAGCCACGCUGAAAGAGUCCCCAGACUUUGCUCUCUACCACCGGGCCAAAGAGGUCGCCGACGCCAACCUGUACCUCGAAUCCGGGAGCAUGGACGGCGACUUCUACCUGCCCGGUGGCUGGCGCCUCGACAAGUACAAAUUCCUCCCGAUGUUUGCUCACGUGGCGGCGACGAUGCCCGGCAAGAAAUGGUACAUCUACAUGGAGGACGACAACUACUACUUCUGGGAGACGCUGUACGCAUGGCUCGCGACGCUGAACCAUACGGCGCCCAUCAUGGUCGGCUCACCUGCCUUCCGGCUCGGCGAGGACUUCGCGCACGGCGGCUCGGGAUUUGCGAUUUCGGGUCCCGCGCUGGCGCAGUCCUUCGGCGCCGACCCGCAGCUGGCGCAGCGCUGGGAGGACUACGCGCGCGAGCAGUGCUGCGGCGAUCAGGUACUCUCGCACGUGCUGCACCAGAAGGGAGUGCAGCGGGAGCGCGGGCUGGACGGCGGCGGCUGGGCGGGGCUGCAGGCGCUGCCGACGUGGCGCAUCGGCUUCGGGACUUGGAACUGGUGCUCGCCGAUCAUGAAUAUUCAUAAAGUGCACCAGGCGGAUAUCUCGCGGCUGCAUGUUUUCGAGCGGGAGUUUAAGAUCAGGAAUAGUAAGAAGGCCAACCUCCCUCCCAUCCGCUACCGCGACAUCUUCCAGUCCCUCGCCCUCCCCCAUCUAACCAGCACCCGUCUCGAAUGGGACAACUUCGCCUCCGCCCGGCACUUCUCCUCGUCAUCCGACCCAGACGUAUCCUCCUCUAACUCCCCCUCUUCCGCCAAUCCCAACCCCGACCCCAACCCGUCUUCCUCCUGGUCGACCAAACCCUGGUUCUCCAGAGACGCAUGCGAGCAAGCAUGCAAAGACUGGGACUUGUGUCUGAGCUGGAAAUACGCAGAUGAUUCGUGCUCGCUGGAUCAUACGGCGGCCUUGGGAAGGAGGAUUGAUGAGGGUAUUAGGAUGGAGAGUGGGUGGAUGCUAGACAGGAUUGGGAGGUUGGAGGAGCUGGAGUGUGAGGGGCUGGAGUUUUAG